AUGUCCACCACCACCGGCAGCUUGGAAGCUAUCAGAGGUCGCAAAUGGAUUCACCCUGCGGUCCAAGCCUUAAUUCUUAAGGGCCAUACCUAUCCCGUUGUUGAAUACAUCGACUGCUUGUGGCAUAAGCCUGACCCGGAAACAGCCAAUCAGAUGCUGGAUUAUGUAACUGGGGUCCUUAGACCAGUAAUGUUUUCAAACGGAUAUAGGCUCGCAAGCCUCUGCGAGUUUUAUCCUGUGGAUACCAAGAUGACGACUUUGGUCCGCCAUGAAAAUGACAAGAUGGUGGGGACCACCAUCUUUGUCCGUCUCCGGGAUGCGACCAGUGAUGAAGAUUUUUUAGACCUUGAUGACAUAAUCGACUCCGUGAUUAUUGAGCUCGCGAAGCUGAGAUUUCCCAAACCGGGUCAAGCCCGCGAGCAUCAGAAGCUUACUCGUAAGCUUCAGAGCGAGUUUGCCGCUUUUAACGAGCGGCUUGAGAUCCGCCGCUACAAGAGGCCCGAAAAUAAUGGGAAAUUGGUCGAUAUGGUUAAGUUAGGUGCCAGGGGCUUGUUCGAAAAGCUCUUCAGAAUUUUUAGGUAG